GCGCCGAGUUCCGGGCGCUCGGGGUCGGAACGGAGCUGGGGGGAGGGAGGCAUUCUCCGUGUCGGCUCGGGCGGAGGGGCGUGAGGAAAGUCCUACGGUGGCCGCAGAGGGACGGCGCUACGGCUCCCACGCUAGGCCAAACGCCGCCGGCCACCGGGCGCAGGAGCCCCUGGCCCUUCGGGGCGGCCCCGGGCGGGGACGCGUGAGUGUCCGGGCCGCGCCGUCUGCACCAUGCGGCCGCCCUGCUCCCGGAGCCCCGAGGGACAGGGGGCCGCGCGGCUCGGGACGCCGGCGCGGAGAGGGCACCCGGCCCACGCCUCCCCCGGGACUCAGCCUCGGCCUCCCAGGCCUAGGCACCCGCGACGCCUAUGCUGACUGCCGCCCGGGCCCGAUGCCGGUCAUGCCCAUCCCCCGGCGGGUGCGCUCCUUCCAGGGCCCGCACACCACCUGCCUGCACGCCGCCUGCGGCCCGGCGCGCGCCUCCCGCCCGGCCCGCACCAAGUACAACAACUUCGACGUGUACGUCCGGGCGCGCUGGCUGUACGGCUUCAUCCGCUUCCUGCUCUACUUCAGCUGCAGCCUCUUCACGGCCGCGCUGUGGGGCGCGCUGGCCGCCCUCUUCUGCCUGCAGUACCUGGGCAUGCGCGCGCUGCUGCGCUUCCAGCUCAAGCUGUCGGCGCUGCUGCUGCUGCUGGGCCGCCGGCGCGCGGACUUCCGCCUCCUCAACGAGCUGCUGGUCUACGGCGUCCACGUGACCACGCUGCUGGUCGGGGGCCUGGGCUGGUGCUUCAUGGUCUUCGUGGACAUGUGAGGGCGCCGCGGGCUCUUCCGGGGACGGUUUCUGGCGACCCGGCCGUAGAUGCACCUGCGGCGGGCGCUUUUCUCGACGCGGUAGGUCAGGGCCCUUUCGGCGCCGUGUCAGAGGCAUAACCCACCCCCGACCCCUGCGUCUCUGGCUCAGGAAAGGGCUGAGACUUCUGUGAAGGGAACACUGGCGCCCUCCCUCCUGCUGGCCUUUGCUCGGACCCUUUCUGUGUGUGGUUUCGGUGCCGCGUCCCCUGCACCACCUGCUUGUGGUUCCAGCCUGCACUUUCCAAGCUAUUCCUGGGGCGGGGGGCGGGGGGCGGGCGGGGUAUGGGUCCAGUCUGUACUUGGAGAGCCUGUGUCCCUGUCCCCUCUCCAGGGCAGUGGUGUCACCAGUGGCGUGGGAGGUCCCCGGGAGGGGUGUGCUACCCAGGUGCAGAUCUGGAGGGGAGAUCCUGGCUGCACAGCCCCCUCCUGUGCGCCCCCGGCCCCUGCCCCAGCCUUAGGGAAGCGUCAGGCUCCACCAGCUGAUGCACCACACUGCCUCCAAGCUCUUCACUCCGCCCUGGGCCACCGAGUCCUCGCUCAGCCCACGGACUCUCCUCCAUUUGUUACCCUGCGAGGCGUGGGGGUCCUGAGUCCCAGGCCGGGCUUAAGUGGCACCUCGGUUUGCUUGGCAGUUCCUAGAUCAGGGGCCAGCCCAGGGGAGUGCCGGGUCCAGGGCACAACUCUCUUCCUCCCGGGCAGGUCUGUUGAGAAUGUCAGCUGGAUGUUGUCAUCUCUUCAAGUGUGGAUUUCUGGGGAGGUAACUCAGUUUCUUUCUGGCCUUGGGGGGCUUUCAUUCUCUUCCCCUCAGGGAACGUCCAGGUUCGAGACGUGUCUGUUGGAAGACAUACCUCUUGGAAUCAGGGUUGCACCAGGGCUGGAUCUCCGAGUGAGGGGCUCGGUGGCCCCUUUGUCCCUGCCUCGUUGGUUGUUAGAGCAGCUGGGAGUACAAAGCAAAAAUGAAUGCGGGCCUGGAAAGAACCAGUGGUCCAGGGGGGCUUUCGGUUGCAGAGAGAACAUACCAGAGGGCCAGCAUUUUGCCCAGACCCCUCACCCUGGCCUCCAUCAGUUGGGGACAGGGUAGCCGCAGGCCUUGUGGGCAGGCGAGGGGCACUCUGUCAGCUGGGACAACAGCCAGAGGCGGGACAUAGGGCCCCAUACUGAGGGUGACAGGGAGGCCGAUGCUACUUCACCCCACACCCGCGGGCACGGGCGGUAGCCCCUUCAACCCUGCCUGGCCGGGUCCCCCAGUGGCCAGGGGGAGCUGUGGGGGCAGUUGUGUGCCACUGGAAAAAAAAGCCAAAUCAGGUAAAGAAGGCAAAAAACACUUGGCUGUAAACUGUGGUCUUUAAUUUGUAGCCAGUUUUUGUCGGACGACUGUCCACUCGAGGUCAGUGGACGGCUCCUCCGAGGGAAGUGGGAGUGAGUCUGUCCCCGUCGCCCGGACGGCAGGCGCGGAGCCGACCCACGUGGACCCCCCUCCUCGGCGCUGCAGAGCACGUUUUGCACCAAAUCAUGCUGUUUCCUAAAAGCUUUGUUUUGUGUUAGUUGACUCACGUUACUCUGAGGUGGGCACGUGUCCACGGGGCUGGGGCAGCAGGGGGGUCACGGUGGUGCGGACAAAACGCUGCUUGGUGCCUUGAGUGCCUGUGAAAUUCUUUAUGAAAUGAGCCACCUGCAUUAAACUUAUUUUUUUAACACGUUGA